AUGGUAGCCCACUUGGCGCGCAAUCCAGCGCCACAUGGUUGUGAGUCUGUCACAUCAGCCAGCAAUUGGGUAGGUGUGCCGUCAGGCCCCAUUAAUCAGCCAAAGGGCACGACGAGUCGACACAGCGGCCCAACAACUUUGUCGUUUCAGCGCCAACAUCGAGUUACACUUUCACACUGUCUGGCGGCUGUUUCAUGUGUUUCCGCUUCGGCUCUGUGCACUCUUCACUGUUGGCGAGUGAUGUGUUGUCGGUGUGCGUGGGGAGGGGUGCCAGAGUUGCCGGGUGGACGAGAGAGGCUGGCCCGACGAGAGGUCGUCGUGAUCGGGUUGGCUUCAGGGGUCAGAUCAGAGCGGGCAGCAGAUCAAGCGCUCCGAUAA